GAUUGGCUCGAUAAAGAGGUUACAUCGAUUGUCUGAGCGCAAGCCGAAACCGGCCGGUUGUCCUGUCCCUCACUCCCACCGCUGCGUUCAGUGCUCUCUGGUUUUCCUUCAAUUUCUUUUCAUUUCUGAUUUUUUUUUAUUAUUUCAUGCAUUACUGGCGAACUGGCCUGGGUCUUAUCUUUGGGAGACGGAAAAAUUAUACCAUAAUGGGAAAGACGAAGACGCAGGAGUGGUUGUCAAGAUGGGGCCCAUUUCAUCUCAUCUCAUCUCACCGCGGAAAAAGUUUCUAUAUUAAUGGGUUGCUGGUUGAAACGCACGUUACGAAUUUUGCAGGCAUGAUGAUGGACAUGUCGGAUUGGAGGCCAAUCCGCCAAAAGUUUAUUUUGACUAUUUGUUUCACGCUUAUGUUUUUCUUUUCUUUUUUCAUUCUCUUUUCUUUCACUUCUUCACUAUGCAUUUCAAGUGAUCUGCAUUUAUGUGUUUGCCGAUUAUUCCCCUCGGGUGUGAUGAUCGCACCGGCGGCUGUUUGUUUGUUUGAUUGAGUCUCCUGAUGAAGGGAUGUGAUUUGAUUGAUUGAUUGACUGGCUGGAUUGAUACUCAAGACCCAUGGUGACUUGGGUAGAUAGCAAAGCUAAUAUUUGGAAUGGACUAAGCUCAUUCUCAGUCCGCCAGACAUGCUACUUGUCGUUUCCAUUGCGGUCACUAACCCCCUUACUUGACUGAUGCG